GGUCAGAUUCCCGGUCUAUGAGGUCGAAGCAGGUCGAAGUAUCCCGCUCUCUGCAGAGUCUGGUAAAUAAAUUGACGUAGCAACGGUUAAAACGGUUUCUCCGAGAAACGAGAGACUCGUUCACUUCACUCCAGUUCGUUCGGUUAGACUGGCCCUGGAUCUGUUGUAUGUACAUACAUUAGACCGUUGGCUCGGCCGUUGUGCUCGGUUGUGGUUAUCGUCAGCGUCAGUUACCGUGCCGUAACGUGCGACGCGCUCUCCUGCGCCGUCAAAAUGCCGAGGACCAAGCGCACCAAAGCGGCGAGCACGUCGACGAAGGAACGCGAUACGGCGGUGAAAACUUUUGAGAAGCACGUACAGCUGCGUAUCGCCAAGAUGGAACGCGAUGCCCAGGCGGAUCUCAAGAGCUUCGAGGCCUUAAUCGAGGUGAUGAUAUCCCGCCUGCCGGCGGGAAUUCGUCAAAUGAAAUUGGGCGAGUUAAUCGACUGGCAGGACCACGACACGCGGAAGGAGACGGAGAAGGAGAACCGCAACGACCGCGACGAGGUGACCUUGUCGGUCAAGAAUCUUCAUAUGCAACCACCCGCCGUUCCUAGAGCGAGAAAAGGGACCAAGACUGCUAAACGUCCCACCACCGCUGCGUCCGACGAUGGAUACGCGACCGAAGGCACCAGCGUGGGCAGCACGUCGCUGGCCGCUAAAGCACAGGCUCGAGCAGCGUCAAAUGUAAGGACGCGCAGCUUCACACGAGCGAGCAGAGCCAAAUUCAGCGGUAUCACGCAGAACACGACGCCGGCAAUGGUGAAGCCUCUAGACAACGUAUACGGCGUGGUUACGCCAAAAGUCAAGCCCAACACGCCGUUGAACGUGCUGAGACGUCCGCGUCAAGGAGAGAUGGUCCUUAGCAUGCAAGGCAGCCCGCUAUUGGUCUCUGCUGUCGUCGAAGAAAAAACUGCUAAUAUUAAUGUACCUUUGGCUAACGGCAACAUGAUGUCCUUGUUGCCUCAAGAAGGAUUACGCAUGUCAAAUAUUCCUCCGCUGGAUCCAGAGACGAUGGAUCAAUUACAGACUCUUAAGAAUCACCUUGAGAAAGUUGUCGCAUUGAAGUAGUACGAAAUAUAUAUUAGCAAGUGUGUGUAGAGUACUAGAGAUAGUGUAAUAUAACAAAUUUAUACACA